GCCAGUCUGGAGUCUGUAGGAAACGCAAGUGAUUUGGCGGGCUUAUGAGUGGUUUGCUGGUGAGGAGAAGGCAGAAAAGCUUUAGUAGCAGGUGCCUUAGAUGUUGAAUGCGAUGUACAUGUAUUUUUUCUUGUACCAGGAUGAAGAUGUACUCACCAAGAUGCAAGAUGAAGACCGGGUGCCUUAGAUGUUGAAUGCGAUGAACAUGUAUUUUUACUUGUACCAGGAUGAAAUAAUAAAAUCUGGAUUGAACUUCGCCCAAUACUAUAUGGAAGAUGAAGACCGGCCCAUCAUUACGAAGAUUGCUGAAAGACUUUUUAAUGACAACGAUAAGUUACGUUUUGCAAGACCUUGCUGCACCUGCUUACGUAGAGCAAUGAAAACUAAAACAACUAAAAAGAAAAGAAAAUCCUGUGGAUGCAGAGGAGGGGCUGCAGCUAGAAAAUCCAAAUGGCUUCAGUGCUCCACUCAUUCCCCUAUGUCCCAGUCCCAAAAGAAAAAAAGUAUGAAAUUAUUUAAUUUAUCAUCUUAUUUAUUAUCUGAAAAUGAAAUAAACCUACUGAGUAAAGGACUGUCCUUCUGCCCAUCAUCCAGACCCAGUGAUUUUCAACUUUUUCUUUAUCUUAACCAAUAUAUCCGAAAAUUAACUUUAACACGUCAUUUUAGUAUUACAAAAAACAAUACCCAGGUGGAUUCUAUUCCCCCAAUUGAAGAAAAUAUCAAUUCUAUGGUUAAACAUGUCUCUGUUAAAACGAAAUCCUUUUUUUAUCCUAUUCAUCAUAGGGGAAAUUAUUUAGAUACAUUCUAUGCUGUGGUUCAAAAAGAAUUUAUGUCAUUAUGUGAAAAGAAAUCAACUUAUACAUUUAAAGAUAAUUUGACAAACUGAGAACGUUUGGCCAUAGUAUCGUUACAAAAUAACAAAAAAAUCAUCAUCCGCCCCGCCGAUAAGGGGGGUGGAAUAGCUAUUCUCGAUACAGAGAUGUAUGUCCGUGAGGCCACCAGGAUCCUCUCGGACAUAGAAUAUUAUGAAAUUUUAAAAAGUGAUCCAUCGUCGGAAUAUUUUGAUCUAUAUACAAAUUUUAUCACUGAAGCCACUGAUAAGUGUCUGUUUGAUAAGCGGGAGCACACAUUCCUAAAUAUUAAACAUUAUUCACUUCCGAUUUUUUUAUUAUUUACCCAAAUUACACAUGGACUCAGCUAACCCACCAGGUCGCCCUAUAAUUUCUGGUAUCCACUCCAUCACUGCACAUUUAUCUCAUUAUGCUGACCUGUUCCUUCAGUCACUUGUCUUGCAGUUGCCCUCUUAUUCAAGAAAUUCGACACAGUUAAUUUGGGACAUCAAACAAAUAUCCCUUCCCCAUAAUUUUUCUCUUCUAACCCUGGAUGUGUGCUCCCUCUAUUCGAACAUAGACACUCAAUUGGGUCUGGAGAGUGUGGAGUAUUAUUUGAAUGUUGCUCCAGACUUAGGAGGAGAACAGUCCUCUUUUUUGUUAAAAUCAAUUGAAUUUAUUUUAGAACACAAUUUAUUUAAUUUUAAUAAUAUUAUUUACAGACAGACUAAAGGCUGUGCUAUGGGGACUCGUUUCGCUCCAAGUUAUGCUAAUUUGUUUAUGGGGCGAUUCGAGUCCCAGUACAUAGCACAGCCUACACAUUUUUCAAAACAUUUAGAUUUAUAGAUGAUUUAUUUUUUUUGUAGACUGGGACUGAGUUGGAAGCAGAAUAUUUUGUGAAUUAUUUAAAUCAAAAUACAUGGGGUUUAGAAUUUACACCUCAUUUUUCACACACCACAAUAGAAUUUUUAGAUUUAGAAAUCAUGAAAACGGAAGAUAAUGAGAUUUUUACCCAAAUGUUUUUUAAACCGGUAGAUGUGAACAGUCUCCUAAAAUUUGACAGUGCACACUACCCUAAUUGGCUGAAAAAUGUGCCUGACGGGCAAUGUUCGCAUUAGGAAGAAUUGCACGAGUGAUGUUGAUUUUUAAGACAGUCUUUAUUAUUACAAAAACGUUUUUGUGACAAAGGGUAUCCCAAAAAAUUAGUAAAUGCGGCUUAUAACAAAGUAAAAACAAAAAAAAAUCUGUUUUUUUGAUGCCAAAAAUAAUUGGGAAAUCAAGUGAGGAGAAUAAAUUUAAACAUAAUUUUGUUAAGAAUUAUAACAAUAGUGUACCAGAAAUCAGAAAAAUACUUAAGAGCCAUUGGUCGAUUAUUCAGGCAGAUCCUGUAUUAAAGCAAUUAAUACCCCCAGUAGAUGUAAUAAUUAUGAUGAGCGAGCUGAGAGGGGAUGUGUCCCGUGUAAUAAAAGCAGGUGUCUCUGCUGUAGUAUGAUGCGAAACACCAGGGUUGAGACUUUUUCUUCAUCUGUUACAAAAAAUGAAUUUUUUAUCAAAGUCCUGUGCUCUGUGGUUCACAAUUUGCUAUAUAUCUACUGGCAUGUUAGUGUAAUUUGCAAUACGUGGGCCGCACUGUACAAACAGUGCGGUCCCGUAUGUGCAAACACAGGUUCAACAUAAGGAAUCAUUUUUUGUUACAUAGUGUCUCAAGACAUUUUUCCAUUAAACACAAGAGUGACAGUAGUACAUUAGAACUCAUUAUACUCGAACAGAUUCCAGAGAACUGUCCCGAUCGGUUUCAGCUGUUGAUCAAUCGGGAGCCUUUUGGAUUCACAAACUGUCCACGUUAACCCAUCAAGGACUCAAUGAGACCAUUGAAAAUGUACGCUGAGAACUCAACCUUGGU